CUCCUGGAACCCUCUCGUCUGUCCGGGUCGGAGCUCACAUCAACGAGCUUUCACGCGGACCCUGAAGGCGCGCGGCGCGUGUCUGGACAGGGGGCGGUACCGAGUAGCGGCAGGGGCGGGGUCACAGUAUGCAAACGAGUCCCGCCCCCAAGCGCCUUUCCCCGUGAGCGGUGACGUGUACGGUGACGUCGGCGGCGCGGCCCGUGUUGGUUCCAGCUGACCGGGGAGAGAGCGACGGGGACGGGAGGGAGGAGGAGCGACCGACCGACGGACCGACGGACCGACCGUGCACGGCUCACAGCCCGGGACACGCAGCCGCCUCUGGGUCUGCAUCUGCUCUGUUCGCUCCUUCGGAUCCGGAUCCGCUCAUCUGUUCCGCGGCCCGGUUCCGCUCCGGUUCAUGGGACUCCAUCCGUCCGUGUCUCCUGGCUUUUCCGCUCCGGACCGGACCGGACCGUGAGGCUGAGGAUCUGGGUGCGGGGGUUCGGUUCGAGGCGCUCCGGUGACGGCGGCGGUUGGACCGGAGGAUGGUGUCCGCGGUGCGCUUUCGGACGUAAAGCCGCUCCGGGUGUCACGGGUCCGGGUGGUGUCUUCAUGGGACCGGCGGGAGCGCGCGCUGUCAGCUGGAGCUCUAGUGCGUGAACGUCACCUGUGCGCGCGCCUGUCAAUUACCCCUGAUUGGAUUCUUUGGGUCUGGAAGUUCGGGUGCGCGGGCCCCGGCCGCCUGCCCCCUCCCCCCCGUCCUCACCUCCUCCCCCCCGUCCUCACCUCCUCCUCUGGAAGUCAUGUCCAGGCCUCUCACUCAGCUCCUGCCGCCACCGGACCUCCCCCCCGGAGCCGCCAGCCCACAGUUCGGACCCGGUAACCCGACCGGAAGUGGCCCCCAGGGCGGUCACAUGACCUCCAUGACCAGCCUCAAGUCCCUCCUCCAGCUGCCAAUCAAAGCCGACCAGAGGCCCGCCAAGGACUGCUGCGAGAUGAAAGACAAAGACAAACCCCUGGACUCUGAUGAGGACUCUAUGGGCGUGGGCGCCAGCGGCCCCGGUGGUGUGGGCGGGGCGGGGGCGGGGGCGGGGUCUCUUCGCACGGGCUCCCAGUCUGCGUUCCUGGGCCCCCUGCUGUGGGAGCGGACUCUGCCCGUUGACGGGGGCCUGUUCCAGCUGCAGUACAUGGACCUGGAGGAGUUCCUGACCGAGAACGGCAUGGGCAUGCACAGCAACGCCAGCUCCACCAGCGCCCAGAUCCCCUCCCAGAGUUCCCAGUCAGCGGUGCCCAACCAGAGCUCCCAGUGCCCUCCCACUUCUCCUCCGCCCUGCUCCUCCUCUUCCUCUUCCAUGUCAUCUUCGUCGUCCUCUUCCUCGCUGCUGGGCCUGGAGACCGUUCAACCGCCGCCGCAGCCGCCGCCACCACAACAGCAGCAGCAGCAAAGCAUGAUGGGAGGAGCCGAGUGUGUGCACGGUGAAAGGCCAUGGUCAAAUGUUUUCUGUGUUCAGAAUGGAACCACACCAAGAAUUCAAAACAAUCAACCAAUCAGCAACCUCGCUGUUGUCACUGUUUGAUCAGAUGUACCCCUGGUACAUGUUCUACCCGUGGUACAUGUUCUACCCAUGGUACAUGUUCUAC